AUGACAGUAAAAAAGGACAACGUGAAGAUGUCACAGACCUACAGCUCGCCAGUGAAGGUGGAGGAGCUGGAAGAAGAACUGAGAGCUCAGAUUCACUCUCUGAGGACUGCGAUUGAGGACAAGGACAUUUUACAUCAAAUAUCCUCAAAACCAUACAGCUCUGUCCAUAUUCCAAAAGAUGCAUCUUACUUUCGUCUGGAGAGACAGCAGGUGCUUCACAAAGCGCUGCAGGUGUCGUCCACUAAGCCUGUAGUUUCUCAAGCAGAAGUGGCUCAGAGAGAGAUGGAGAUCUGUCUGAAUCAAGAGCACAAAGCCGACGGUCUGCCUUUACUGCUGCAUCAGUUUUACACUGAUCAAGCGUAUAAACUGGCACGGUGCAAGUACCAGCUGAUGCUCAGAUGGAGGAGAUUUGGCCGCCAUUCCACUGUCCUGAAGAAACUACAUCCCCAGUAUGAAAAGCAGAUCACACAUUUAACGGCUGAAUUUGAGGAUUGUGUUCAUCGUGCACGUCGUCUUGCCGUAUCCAGAGAGAAGAUGCUGCUGGGUUUGGAGAGUCCCAUCGCUGUGAUCACACAGGAGGACAUCAACAUUUACCUGCAGUGGCUUAUAUGUCAUCUGCACUCCGUCAAACACAUCCACAACUUUCUGCAUGUUGUUCAUUAUCUUCCUUCGACUGAGUGGAUUGAAGAUCACACUUCUACAGCUGUAGAUCUGACAUCUCCUGCGUAUUUUGAUGGGGUGUUUGUAUCGAUGCCAGAGCUUCCCUUGCAUUCAAUCAAUUUAGAGGAUUUUAAAGUCCAGCUGGAUUUUCUGCUGUCACAUUAUAACAUUGAGUACAACACAAACAGCAUCAAGACUGCAGCAGAUGAAAUGGAGCUCUUCAGUCAGGUUCUGUAUGUGUUCAGGACUGUGUUUAAACAGCAGGAGGAGAUGAAGAUCUUCCUUCAGUAUGACAGCACUGAAGCCACAGACAGGAGAUUUGGCAGAAAGAGUCCAAACAUGACGCUCAGAAAACAGGCCAGCUGGAUUCCUCAUAUUCAGAUGAAACCAAAGCGAGAUCCUUGGCUGCAGAAACAAAUGGCCAAACUGAAGGAGCUCAGAUCGAUGGAUGAACUUCUGCAGAUGCAUAGCAGCCUCCUGGAGGAUUCAGAUCUUCAUAAAGUGACCGAUGCUUUAAAGAAGUUCAUUACCUCAGUUUGUCAACCAGAAGCUUCAUCCCUUACAGACACUUCAGAUGUGUGGAGAAACAUUCAUAACACAGCAAAUAUGCUUCAAGUGACCACCAGACAAACGUCUCAUUUACCUAAAUAUCCAGAUCAGAAGCCCUCUGAGAAGAAGAGUAAAGGGUAA